AGCAAUAAAGGAUGGGACCUGGGCAUGUGUCGGGGUUGGGGUGCUUGGUUUAGAGGUGAGUUUGUGACAGGCUGGACAGUUGUGUUACACAAAGGAAUUUUGUGCUGUUUACUACUGUGCACCCAUGCCAGCUGGUCAUUGAUGUAGCCACAGACGCCAGUGAAGGGCCCAGGGUGGAGAGCUACAGAAGUUGACAUUCCUCCUUCCGCUUUCUAGCUCUGUACUCCUUGCCUUCUGAUGGCCGGUUCCUGGGAGUAAGGCAUUAGCAGGAUGGGCACCGUACAGACCUGUAAAGAACGGCUGGGAGCAGGGACAGGGAAGACAGGUGGAGCUGGGCAGUUUUAGCUUCCAUGACUAGAGCUGCUGAGUAGGCCCAGACUUCAUGCCGUGGUAGGUCCUUCUGACUCCCAGGAGGCCACGGUGACAGCAAGGAAGCUAUGCAGUCAGGGCUGUGCUGGAGUGUAGAGGUUCUAACAGAGCCCUGGCGUGGGAGGGGGGAACGGGCAGACAGAUGGACGGACGGACAGAAAAGAAGAGGAGAGAUUUAAAUUCCAGCCUGUCAGGCAUGUGAGAUUGAAGCAGAAGAGAUUGCUAAGGGACAUAUCUGGGAGGAUAGAUGUGGCGUUUAAAGUCCUGCUGUGGGUGUGACCCUUUUUAAAUGAAAGGUUUACUUACAGUUAUUUUUUAUAUUUUGUGCUUGUCUGUAUGAUGUCUGUACACCAUGUGAGUGCAGUGUCUGCAGAGGCUACAUGAGGACAUUGGAUCCCCUGAAACUAGUUACAGCUGGAUUGUUGACCACCAUUGUGUGUGCUGGCUGCUGCGCCAUCUCUCCAGCCCUACAUUUUCUGUUACUUAGAUUACUUUGCUCUUUGGCAGUUGUGUGUAUAAGUGCCUUCUGAUUACUGGUGCCCCUAUGCAGGUCAGUAUUCCUGAGAAGACCUGGCCUGCAUUCAUGUCUCCUUGGAGUUGUUUCUUGCCGUCUGGGGUUCGACAUGGCGCCUCACUGAGUUGCUCAGGCUGCCCAUAAGCGCCUUGGCUCUGGUGAAUUACCCCCCUCUCCCCACAAAGCAUAAAUGUGAUGCCAGGGGAUCCAUCCAUCCACCCCAGAGAUGAGGACAGAGCCUGCCCUCCUGACCAGGGCUACUCACCCUGUUGGGCGCUUAGAGCAGAUGCAAGCUAUAUAUGUGCUCCAUGAGCUUGGACGCAGGGCCAUGUAAUUAUAUAUGAGGACAGUGACUGACUGUGGGGAUGUGCCCCCGUGUCCUGCAGGUGAGACACCCAGCACAGCCUUGUCUUGGUGCUUUCAUCACUGUGCAGGUCCCCUUUCAGGAGUCAGCCUUAGACAAGGAUGAGCCCCUUCUGCAAAGGGUACCUCCAUGAGUGUAUGGGGUCACUGUGCUGCUGUUUAGUGGUUCCCAGGGGUGAACAGGAGGAGAGGCCAUGCUGUUUGUGGUGCAGAAGUUAUGUGUACUUGUCUUAGCUCUCAAGAGUAUGGAGUUAAAAUGCUUUCUGCUGUGCUCUCCAGUAGAUUACCCCAUUUUAGGGAACAGGUGAAGUUUUUCUUUGAGACACACAGCAGUUCCGUGUGAGCUCUGCAGGCUGCUGGGCUCCGUCCAGGUAGGACUGACUCUCGCUUUUACAUUCAACACCCUCGGCCAAGGGUGGUUCACAGAAACCAGCACAAACAGCAGAAACCAGACGCUAGUUCCAAGCAUCUGCAAAACAUUUGUUAAAUGAAAAGAAGGUGGCAGGUGACAGCUGUUCCCAGCACAUCAUGAACGGUGUGGGAUUGGUUUAACGUGUAAUCAGAGUCAGAGUGCCCUGAAGGACUAGUAAGCUGCUUGUCAGUAACAGUUGUCUUGGUAACCAAAUGCUGCUCUGAAAGGCCACAUUGCUGUUUAUUCAGUCAUGUGCUGUUGGUGCUUGGGGCUCUGAUCUCUUGGGGCUCUGAGCACCUGAUUAAGAUGAUGGAAGACGUAGGGCUGCAGUGUUUGGGAGCACAAGGAAGGCGCGGGUCAAGGGGCAGGAGUCAGGGCAUAGUCAGUGUAGGAGUUGUGUUGUUCUUCUGAGUGUGGCUCUACACUGUGGGCAGUGGUGUUUAGGUGUGCACAACAGAGGGCAGGGUGUCCGUCAGAGGAAGCAGGAUUGGCAGGGUUGGCCAAGGGUUGGGUGUAGAGUGGACUCAGAACCUAUGGGCUUGAUGAGUCCUUAGGGCAGGGAGGAGGGAGGUCCAGCCUUGGCAGACUGGCCAGUCACUCAUUUUUGCAGGCCAGUACCUAGAGCCAAGUGAUUCACUGGCAGCAGACCCACAGCCUUUUUCUACACCUUAGCUUUCCACCAGUGAUUUGCUGGACCGGGCCUUGUUCUGCUAGGGUGUGAAUGCCCUAAGGCUUUGAGGGACAUCAAGACAGCAGAGCAGGCAGGUCAGUGGGGCCAACGAGGUUUAAAGGAGGCAGCAGGGCCCUGUCCAGCAGUUGUGCAGGCAUGUUCCUGGAGCCAGGGAAUUGCUCUGGAACUUAGGGUUCUGGUAGGUGAUUUGUUAAGUGAGUGAAAUGUGACUGGUGUUUUGCUGGGAAGAGGACUCUGGGGAUGUUGCUGCUUAUGGCUUCCUUGCCCUCAGCACAUGUCAAAUGCCAGAUACUUCAUUCUGUAAAGCUCAGGACACAUAGCCCGCUUCUUCCUCAAGCUCGGCUGAGACUGAACCUCUGCUUCACAGCUACGACCCUGGGAGGUCAUGUCCAUCCCCCAACCCACAUCCCCAGAUGCCUCCUUGUCUCACAGGGACUAGCCUGCUCUUUUGUGAGAACCAGCUGUAUCCCCACAGCCCUCAAAGGCUCUGAGGAACCCUGGUUGGCAGAAAGUACGGUUAGCACCUUUAGGCUGCCUUGGAGGUGGAAGUACAAAAAGGUUGUCACCGGGAAAUGGUAUUCUCCAGAUGGGAGCGGCCAUUGGAAGGCCUAGAGGUACCAUGCUGCUGCCUUAGGUACUCCAGGCCUCUCCACACCUGACUCAGCUCAAAUAGACUCUUCCUGGGUCCUGAGUGUGAGGGCUCCCUGAGAGCUACUUGAGAAAAUUGGGCUUUGUGGUGCGUGGGUUAUAACUCACAUGGCUGCAGCCAGUGUGACUUCCCCUGGCUCCCUAGAACUGCUGCAGCCUGGCUUCUCCAAGACCCUUCUGGGGACAAGGUUAGAAGCCAAGUACCUGUGUUCAGCCUGCAGAAACAUCCUGCGGAGGCCAUUCCAGGCCCAGUGUGGGCACCGCUACUGCUCCUUCUGCCUGACCAGCAUCCUCAGCUCUGGGCCUCAGAACUGUGCUGCCUGUGUUCACGAAGGCCUGUAUGAAGAAGGCAUUUCUAUUUUAGAGAGCAGUUCGGCCUUUCCAGAUAACGCUGCCCGCAGAGAGGUGGAGAGCCUGCCAGCCGUCUGUCCCAAUGAUGGAUGCACCUGGAAGGGGACCUUGAAAGAAUACGAGAGCUGCCACGAAGGACUGUGCCCAUUCCUGCUGACUGAGUGCCCUGCGUGUAAAGGCCUGGUUCGCCUCAGCGAGAAGAAGCACCACACUGAGCAGGAAUGCCCCAAAAGGAGCCUGAGCUGCCAGCACUGCAGGGCACCCUGUAGCCAUGCAGACCUGGAGCUACACUACGAGGUCUGCCCCAAGUUUCCCUUAACCUGUGAUGGCUGUGGCAAGAAGAUCUCUCAGGAGAAGCUUCAGGACCAUGUCAGAACGUGCAGUAAGUGCCGGGUCCUCUGCAGGUUCCACGCCAUCGGCUGCUCGGAGCUGGUGGAGACUGAGGACCUGCAGGACCACGAGCUGCAGCGUCUACGGGAACAUCUGGCCCUACUGCUGAGCUCGUUCCUGGAGUCCCAAGCCUCACAGAACCAGGUGGGGCCAGAGCUGUUACAGCGGUGCCAGAUUUUGGAGCAGAAGAUAGCCACCUUUGAGAACAUUGUCUGCGUUUUGAACCGGGAGGUAGAGAGGGUAGCAGUGACUGCAGAGGCUUGUAGCCGGCAGCACCGUCUGGACCAGGACAAGAUUGAGGCCCUAAGCAACAAGGUGCAGCAGCUGGAGAGGAGCAUCGGCCUCAAGGACCUGGCCAUGGCUGACCUGGAGCAGAAGGUCUCAGAGUUGGAGGUGUCCACCUAUGAUGGGGUCUUCAUCUGGAAGAUCUCCGACUUCGCCAGAAAACGUCAGGAAGCCAUCGCUGGCCGGACACCUGCUAUCUUCUCCCCAGCCUUCUUCACAAGCAGAUAUGGCUACAAGAUGUGUCUCCGGGUCUACUUGAAUGGCGACGGCACUGGGCGGGGAACUCAUCUGUCUCUCUUCUUCGUGGUGAUGAAAGGUCCCAAUGAUGCUCUCUUACAAUGGCCUUUUAAUCAGAAGGUGACUUUGAUGUUGCUGGACCAUAACAACCGAGAGCAUGUGAUCGACGCAUUCAGGCCUGAUGUAACUUCGUCCUCCUUCCAGAGGCCUGUCAGUGACAUGAAUAUCGCCAGUGGCUGCCCCCUCUUCUGCCCGGUGUCCAAGAUAGAGGCCAAGAAUUCCUACGUGCGGGAUGACGCCAUCUUCAUCAAAGCUAUUGUGGACCUGACAGGACUCUAGCCACCCUACUAAGAGCAGCAGCUCAGUGACGAGCUGUCACAUUAGGCCAGCCAGGGCCUUCCCACACGAGGGUGGGCAGGUUUGGUGUGAAUGCCGAAUGCCGGGGAGGACCUCAGCCUAAAGCCAAUCACCAUCACACAGACAGGCAGGAAGGAGCCUCCAGUUGGUCCUCAACUGGUAAACUGAGUUGGAGGGUCAGCUGAGCUCAGGGUCCUGGGGGAACCAGCUGGGGAUCUUCUCUUGCUGUAUUUUCUGUCUGGGGAAGGGAGACACCCUUUGGUGGGGUACUCAGAAAGGGCCUCUCAAGAGAGAGCCUCAAGAGCUGCACCAGGAGCAAGAGUGAUUGGCCUUCCCCAGCCCAGCCUUUGGGAAAGAGGCAGGGGCUGCCCAGGAAAGGCAUGCGCCUGCAGAGUGCAGCCCAGGAGAGAAGCGCUCUGGGACAUAGGCACGCACUGGAGCAGGGCCUGCCUGGGCUGCACAGCCCUGCCAGGUGGCCUGUAUGGAGGAGAAGUGAUUAAACUAUUCAGAUGUC